AUGAAUAAAAUUGAAGAUGAACAUCAGAUGAUCAUUAGAUAAAUUUAAGGAGUAUCUUUUGCCUCUGAAAUGCACGAUAGAGAUGAAAAGCAAAUCCACAAAGAAUUAGUUAGAAUAAUAUUGAAGGAAGAUAAAAGACUGAAAGCCAAGCAUACAUUAUUUAGUCUAGCUAAUACAAUUCUAAUUGUAUUAUUAUCAGAUAUUUCAAGUUAUUAUCAAUAUACAAUAUGAUAUCACUAGUAAACAUAGAAGCCUAUCACUCUUUUAUAUAUUAUGAAGAAUUACAAUAGAAUCCCGAAAACUUUGGGAUUCUUUAUUAUUUAGUUUUGUUAGAUAUCAUUCACUUCUUGAGAAUAAUUAAUUGUUGUAAUGGAAUAUUUGGAGCAGAGCUGAAAUCUCAAAAAAUAGUCACUUUUUAUUUGAUAUUUUCGUCAUUUCUUUUUGUAUCUCGUAGUGUAUUGACAAUCAUUACGAUAAUCAGCUAUGCAUAGAUUCACACUUUAUGUUCUUAAUUCUUUACAGAACAAGAUGCAGAUGUUUUAGCUCUCAACUAUUGUCUGGUGAUGGCAACGUUUCUGUUUUUUGAUGCCCUCUUCACUAUGAUCUGUAUUGUCUAAGGAUCCAAUAAUAGAGAAAACUAGUAAAGUAAUUACUAAAUGCAUUUUAGUUGCUAAUGAACUCAAACAAAAGAUUCAAAAGAAGUACUUCAUUUGUUAUGAAAAUGCUCUAAAUUCAUUUUUUUGAAUUUAUUUAAAGUGUAUAUGGCAG